UAAAUUCAUCGCAACAUCGCAAUUAAGAAUCGAUAGUUGUAAUGAUCGUUCGAUUGCAUUUUUUGCGCCAAAAUUGCUGCUCAGCGCGGCAAGCUGAUUGCUGAUUGUGUAGUGUUUGUUGUAUUUAUUGAGUUGAGUUGAAUUGAGUAAAAAAAGAGAGACAAAAGUGGAACACAACCCAUUUCUCCAACUGCUGACUGAGAAUAUUUGCUUGACUACUUGACUAUACCGUGAUGGUUAAUAACGAAAAUGAAAUAUGUGCUGGUCAGCAGCAGGUCAUUUGGAUCGGCAGCCACAAGCCGAACACAUUUGUUAAAAGUCUGGAACACAAAAACGUUUACUACUACAAAAAGUGUGUGUACGGACCGCUGACACUGACAAUUGGCGACUACAUACUGGUGGCCAAUGCGGACGCAGCUGAGCCGGACACUGUGGAGGGUUGUGAUAUCGCCAAAAUACUGCAUCUCUAUGAGCUGCGGGAGAUGAGCCACAAGGAAUCCUGCCGUGCUAUUGUCCAGUGGUAUUCCCGUCCUCAGGCCAUACCGCAUAAGAACUUUGAUGUGGACGACUUAAACAUUGACUUUGACAGGGAAAUCAUUGAGGAGCAUCGUCCCUACGACAACGACGUAGCCCUGGGCUCGAUAUUCCGCAAGUGUCUGGUCAUCGAGGGCAGUUCCCAGUCCAGUGCCGAGCAGCUGUUCCAACGCGCCAAAGCUAAACCCAACUGUCCCAUGUUUGUGACUCGUUACAAGUUUGUAAAGGUGAAACAAUCCUAUCGCCUCAUUCCACUCGAGAUUCAGCUGGAUGAUAAACCAAGGUCUGGUCGAGAUGGAGGCACCACAUCGACAUCGGCACGUAAAUCGAUCUCACGCCGACGCCUGUCCACCACAGCUGCCGGCAAUGCUCCGCCUGAGUUUGUGGAUGUCAACUACUUCAAUUGCGAGAACAAAGUGUCGCCCAUCAAGAUUGUGGGUGGCUGCAGUGUGGUGCGGCUAUCGGAGAAGAAGAAGAGCAGUCUGACAGCAGCCACAAACAAUGACGAUCCGGCGGAGAUCAAUGCCAACUAUCUAAUGGCCUCACCACUCACUGAAAAGAAUGCCAAAGUGUCCACACCAAAGUCACGUGCAUCGGCAGCACGCCGCAAUCUUAAUCUCAGCCUGGACAAGGGAGCAGACACCACCGCCGAUUCAGAUUGCUUAAACUACUCGAUUGUCCAGCAAACUCCCGAUCCCAAGACGCCUUCCAAUGACAUGAAAAUCAAGUUGCGCCUCUCGGAGCGUCGAAAAUCUGCACGACUGGUGUCCAUAGAUGACGAGCGGGAUCCCUUGGACACCAGGACGUCGCAGAGCCGCAAGAGACUCGGCGUCAGCACUGGCGACAUAUAUCAUACGCCCACCAAGAAAUCCAAAGAGCUGCUAGAAUCUGCUGGCCAGGAAUUGACGCCUUCCACACGCCGCAAGAGCAUCCUAAAGUCAGCCACCACACGCUUGGCUGAUGGCACGCCCAGACGCAGCAUACAGCUGUCCAAUAUUGUGGAGCAGCGCAUCUUCGAUAACAAUGAGAUUAUAUCGACACCGAAGCGUAAUCGUUCCAAGCUUGCGGAUCCAGUGAAUCCAGAUCCGGAAUACACACCAAAGAAGUCCAGCCAAAAGACGCCAACGCGUCCACGUCGCAUGAGCAGCACGGGAACCAAAGUUGCCACGGCCUCCAAGCUGAAGGACGAAGCUGCUCCACUGACACCUUCGCAGAAACUCAAGAAAAUACGUGCCGGCGAACUGAGUCCCAGCCUGGAGCAGCGUCAUCAGCCCCUGGAUGACAGAGCCAAGUCCCAGCUGCAGCUGGCACGGGAACAACUCCAUGUCUCCGUGGUGCCCAAGAGUCUGCCGUGUCGCGAAAAGGAGUUUGACAACAUUUACAGCUUUCUGGAGGGUAAAAUUCAGGAUCAGUGCGGCGGUUGCAUGUAUGUGUCCGGCGUGCCGGGCACGGGCAAAACCGCCACCGUCACCGGCGUCAUUCGCAGCCUGCAGCGUCUGGUUACGGCGGAUAAGUUGCCCGCCUUUGAUUUUUUGGAGAUCAAUGGCAUGCGUUUGACGGAACCACGUCAGGCGUAUGUGCAAAUCUACAAGCAGUUGACGGGCAAAACCGUAUCCUGGGAGCACGCUCACUCCCUGCUGGAGAAGCGCUUCACCACGCCGGCUCUGCGUCGUGUGACCACCGUGCUGCUCGUGGAUGAGCUGGACAUACUGUGCAACCGGCGACAGGAUGUCGUUUAUAAUUUACUAGAUUGGCCAACCAAAUCGGCGGCACGUUUGGUGGUGAUCACCAUAGCAAACACCAUGGACUUGCCGGAGCGUCUGCUGAUGGGCAAGGUUACAUCUCGUCUGGGCCUGACACGCCUCACUUUCCAGCCGUACACGCACAAGCAGCUCCAGGAGAUUGUCACCGCCCGCUUGGCCGGCUCCGAGGCGUUCAAGGGCGAGGCAGUGCAGCUGGUGGCACGCAAAGUGGCCGCCGUAUCCGGAGAUGCGCGACGUGCUCUCGACAUCUGUCGGCGUGCCACGGAAAUCGCCGACACUGUCGAGGAUCAGCCUGCAGCCAAGUGCGUCAACAUGCUGCAUGUGCAGCAGGCGCUGGCCGAGAUGAUAGCCAGUGCCAAGGUGCAGGCCAUCAAGAAUUGUUCGCGUCUGGAGCAGAUCUUCUUGCAGGCCGUUGCCGCCGAGGUGACACGCACUGGCGUCGAGGAGACAACCUUUCUGGGCGUCUAUAUGCAGGUGGAGUCCAUUGCCGCCUUUAUGGGCGUGUCUCUGCCAGCGCCUGGACGUGCUCUGCACAUCUGCUCCAAGCUGGGCGCCGAGAGACUCAUCAUCUGCGAGCAUUCACGCAAUGAUCUCUAUCAAAAGAUACUGCUCAACGUUAGCGCCGAUGACAUACAUUAUGCACUACGCGUGGAGGGAAAUUGAUACAAUAUGGAAUUAAGUUUUAAAGCUUUUAAAUUACAUUAAUAUUUAAGCGUCUUGUUUAAACAAUUUAAAGUACAAACUCGUUGUUAGAAAUACCAAGUAAAAGACCAAAACAG